AUGUUGACCAAGCUACCCCCUGAGAUAGUCCUGUCUAUCGCAUACCAGAUGGACGCAGCCAGAGACAUCAACGCUCUUGCCCAGACAUCCAAACGUUUCCACCGGCAGAUAAAUCCGCAUCUCUACCGGUUUGACUGGAAAUACCUUGAAGGUUCGGCGUUGAUCUGGGCGUCCGAUAACGGACUGGAAUCCACUGCGCAGAAAUCACUCGACGUACGGUCUACAUCCCUGCCAGACAACAAGACGCUUUCGAUCGCGGAAAGGGCAUUCGUGAAUGCUACAGAGAAUGGCAGAUGUGAUAUAGUCAGGCGGCUUAUCACGAUCGACAACUUGGAUCUGAACGCGAAGGAUCCUCGAUACUCAACACCAGCGCUGGUAUGGGCGGCCGAAUUUGGCUAUGAAGACAUAGUCAAAUUGCUACUCGAAACACAACGCGUUGAAAUCAACGCAACGUGUCCCCAUGGUAGCACGGCCUUGCGAAGAGCAGCCGCAUGGCAGCAGGAAGCGGUAUUCAAGUUGCUGCUCGCUACACCUAGGGUAGACGCUAAUUGCCCCGAUGACGAAGGACAGACGCCUCUCUACCAUCUGGCGUUCUUUGGUGAAGAAUCGCUGAUAGAUUUGCUACUUGCGAAGGAUGGGGUGGACCCCAAUCCCCCAGACAUUUUCGGCAUCACACCGUUGUAUGCUGCGGCGGAAGAAGGGCACAAGGGGGUAGUCGAUCGGCUCCUGGCCGCUGGCGCAGACCCGGACCCGAAGGCACAUGCAACUGGACACUCACCACUGUGGGAAGCGUCCUGUAACGGACACCACGAAGUGGUCGAUGUUUUGCUCAAAACAGGAGCUGUGGAUGUUGAAUGUCGAAGCUUGGCUGAUGGCACGGCACCCCUCGCAGUAGCUGCACAGCGUGGCCACAUCAAAGUGGUUCAGUUGCUACUUCCCGCCGGCGCUGACCCUAAUAGCAAGGACAAUUCGCAGGAGACGCCACUAUCGAAAGCCGUGAAGGCUGAUCGCAGGGUGAUUGUGGAGCUUUUACUUGCUGCCGAGGGUGUUGACGUUAACUCUCAAUGUGCACUUGGACGGUCACCUCUCUUGCUGGCGAUACUCAACAAAAGCACUCCUAACUUGAAAAUCAUUGAGAUGCUACUCGCUGCGAAUGCCGAUCCCCAUCUUCCUGCCAACACCGGAUCUACGCCCUUGUCCUUGGCCAGAGGCAACACCAAGAAGUUCCUGGGAGACUGGGGCCAAAGCACCGACACCGCAUGA